CGGGAUCGUUUCGUGAAGCUCCUGGAUCAGCUGCACAACUCCCUGCGCAUCGACCUCUCCAUGUACAGAAACAACUUCCCAGCCAGCAGCAAACCUCGCCUCAGUGACCUCAAGUCCACAGUGGAUCUUCUCACCAGCAUCACGUUCUUCAGGAUGAAGGUCUUGGAGCUGCAGAGUCCUCCCAGAGCAGCCAACGUGGUUCGGGAUUGCGUCAAGGCCUGUCUGAACUCCACCUACGAGUACAUCUUCAACAACUGUCUGGAGCUCUUCAACCGUCAGUUCCAACCCGCUGUCCAGCCGGAGGAGGAAGAAGAGGAAGAGGAGAAGAAAGAGGAGAACCAGCCGGAGGAGCAGGGCCCGAGUAUCCAGAACCUGGACUUUUGGCCUAAACUCAUCACGCUCAUCGUGUCCAUCAUCGAGGAAGACAAGAACUCAUACACACCCAUCAUUAACCAGUUUCCUCAGGAGCUCAACGUGGGUAAAGUCAGCGCCGAGGUCAUGUGGAUGCUCUUCGCUCAGGACAUGAAAUACGCCCUGGAGGAACAUGAGAAGCAUAAGCUCUGUAAGACGGCCGACUACAUGAACCUGCACUUCAAGGUCAAGUGGCUGUACAACGAGUACGUUAAGGACCUGCCAGCCUUCACAGACGCCGUCCCUGAGUAUCCCGCAUGGUUUCUCCAGUUCGUCCUCGCCUGGCUGGCCGAGAACGAGGAAGUGUCGAUGGAGUUCAUGCACGGAGCGCUGGAGAGAGACAAGAGAGAAGGGUUCCAGCAGACGUCUGAGCACGCUCUGUUCUCCAGCUCGGUGGUCGACAUCUUCACUCAGCUCAACCAGAGCUUUGAGAUCAUCAAGAAGCUGGACUGUCCCGACCCGGCCGUGGUGGCCCACUACAACCGCCGCUUCGCCAAGACCAUCACCAAAGUGCUGCUGCAGUACUCUGCCCUGCUGGCCAAGAGCUUCCCCUCCUACUGCGAGAAGGAGAAGAUACCCUGUGUGCUGAUGAACAACAUCCAGCAGAUGAGGGUCCUUUUGGAGAAGAUGUUUGAGUCGAUGGGCGCAAAACAGCUGGAUACAGAAGCAGCCGACAUCCUCAAUGAUCUGCAGGUGAAGCUCAGCACUGUCCUGGAUAACUUCAGCACCAUGUUUGCCAAGAGCUUCCAGACUCGUAUUACGGGCUGCAUGCGUCAGAUGGCUGAGCUCCUGUACCAGAUGAAAGGCCCCCCCAACCACAACACUGCAGAGGCAGAUGCUGACGCCAUGCUGAGGCCCCUCAUGGAGUUCCUGGAUGGGAACCUCAGUAUCUUUGCGGACAUCUGUGAGAAGACGGUGCUGAAGAGGAUCCUGAAGGAUCUGUGGAAGAUCGUCCUGAGCAGCCUGGAGAGAUCCAUCGUCCUGCCUCAGAGCAACGACAGCCUGGGAGCCCAACUCCUCACAGCCGCUAAAGGACUCUCUAAUCUCAAGGGAGGAGGUGAAGCCAAAACUCUGACGCCCAAACAGUGUAUAAUCAUCGAUGCAGGGCUGGAGACCAUCAAGCAAUAUUUCCACGCAGGAGGAAACGGGCUGAAGAAGGCGUUUGUUGAGAAAAGCCCUGAGCUGGCGUCUCUACGUUACGCCCUCUCCCUCUAUUCUCAGAGCACCGAUGCUCUGAUAAAGACCUUUGUCACAACGCAACACUCUCAAGUGCAUGAUGGGAUGGGCAUCAGGAUCACUGGCAAUGAGAAGAUUAGACCUGACAGAGGUGCCGGGGUGGAUAAACCGAUCGGAGAGGCCCUGCUGCAGAUCGACAUGAUGCUCGGGAAAGAACGCAAAGUCAACGUCAAAGUGAUCGCGGUGAACGACAUGAAGUGGCAAACAUCGGGGAUGUUCAGGCCUUUUGUCGAGGUCUCCAUGGUUGGCCCCUUCCUGGCCGACAAGAAGCGCAAAUUCACCACAAAGUCCAAGAACAACAGCUGGACGGCAAAGUUCAACGAGGCCUUCCAGUUCGUCCUCGGUAAGGAGUCCCCCGACUGCUACGAGCUCCAGGUGGCGGUGAAGGACUACUGCUUCGGCCGGGCGGACCGGGUGGUCGGCAUGGCCGUGGUGCAGCUGCGAGACGUCGCCGACCGAAAGAGCUGCGUGUGCUGGUGUCCCCUCGGGCCGCGGAUCCACACUGACGAGACGGGCAUGACGGUGAUGAGGAUCCUGUCCCAGAGGCCUGCGGACGAGGUGGCCAAAGAGUUCGUGAAGCUCAAAUCUGAAACCCGCCCCGUGGAGGAGGGAAGAUGAACAGAGGAGGCCUGAAGAAGGAGAAUGAUCUUCACUCGCCUCUAAAGCUCAUGGAGGAGAAAUGAGCAAAAGAAGGUUGACUAAUUUCCAUACUUAUGAUUAGAAAGAGAUUUAUUUGAUUCAGAGGCUCUUUCUACAUUAUAAAAACAUCAUCAGCAUCACAACACGUGGUUUCAAAUCUCCAACUCUGUGGCAUAAACAAUAUUUUCAGAUGAACUUUAGAGGUCUUCUUUAUCUUCUUACUCUAAUUAGAGAAUAUUUUUGUCCUCUGUAGCCAAUUAAAUCUGGUUAAAAGCCACAGAAAGUUAUUAUUUUGGCAGAGUAAAGAAGUUCUGCCUCUUGUUAAGCAACUAAUAGUGCGAUAAGAGGCGGUAAGCCCACAUUCCUGUUCUGUUUCAGCCUUAAACGCAUCAUGUGACAUUGAUACCACUACUGACUCUGGUAUCCAAAAAACAAACAAACACAUAAUUAAACAGCCGAGUAAUGUCACUUUAACAUGAAUAAAUGCUGUAAUUAGCAUGAGUUGUUGCAGAAAGUUAACCAAAGAAGACUGAUCCAAAAUGACGGUGAGGGAAUUCAGUAGCGAACAAUAAUUCCCCGACUCGGUUCGUGGCGUCACAACUCUGAUCCGUUUAUCGACACUAAUGAGACACUUGUAGCACCGGACGUAUCUUGCGGUCAGGAGCGUCAGAAAAUUACAACUCCUUUGGACGAUACGUUGACAAAUAUGUCGGACGGCGAUACAUUCUGCCGCUUUGAGACGAGAAGAAGUGCGUCAGGACGUCGCUAUUAAAUGCUGAAUGUCUGGUAAUAUUUUUCUGAAUAUUAAAAAAAAAAAAAAAAAAGCUUGAACAGAAAGAAAACACGCUGAGAAAAAGGAUUUUGUAGCGAGUUCUGAUGAAUUACGUAGCCUUAAAAAAAGAGCUAACGACGCUAACGAAGCUAGCUCGGCCUGGGACUCAUGGAGACUUGAACGAGAUCUACGACACGGACUUGUAAAGUGAAAAGGAAUUGUUUUCAUUCAGAAGCAAAGAAUUAUGAGUUUAAAUUAUCCGAGGUUUGAAUUGUUCUGUUUUUGACUGUGACUGUGAAGACCUGCUCUGAACUGAAGCAGCUAACAGAAUGUACGUAGCUGGUUUAAGCUGCUGUCGGCAGAAAUCUGACUGGAAAAGACAAAAAAAGACAAACAUUCUGUGGCUUCAGCUGGGAUUCCAGCCUCAUCUCCCUAGAUCGACCUAUUUAUCCCGUUGCAACACCAUAUUCUAUUGCUGCGGCAGGUUUUGUUUCUAUUUACGCUUUCUCAGCUGUUCUGAUUAAAGCCAUGAAAGUCUGAAAACAAAUCCAAGACGAGGUACAGACAUCUAGUUUCCUCUCAGAUCACUUAAAUUUCCUCAUGCUGAAAGGUUUAAAUUUGCCCAAUAAUGUCGAUAAAAGUACUGCCUACUCAGCUUUAAACAGUGAAAGCCACCAGAACCUCUACUUUUACAGUUUUUAAACACCAGAAACUGUGAAUAUCUGCUCUGAAUGACAACAGCUAACAGAAUGUGUUCAGGUGACUAAAGCUGCAGUAGGUAGAAAUAUGGCUGGAAAGGGCGAAAAAAACAAAAAAACACACAUUGCAACACCACAUCCUACUGUAGCUGCAUGAUUGGUUUCUACUUACACCAUCUCACCUGCUCUGAUUGCAGCCCUGUGAUUGGUUAAAGUAGGUUUUCUAAAGCUUGAGAUCUAAAUUUCAACAUACUGGAAGGUUUUUAUGGAAAUUUAUCCCAAUGAUGUGCUCAAAAAAGUCCUGCCUAUCCCAGCUUUAAAUGGUGAAAACCACCAGAAACACUAAUUUUACAGUUUUUACAAACCAGAAACUGUGAAUGUGAAGACCUAAUCUGAAUGAAAACAGCUAACAGAAUGUAUUUAGAUGGUUAAAGCUGUAGUAGGCAGAAACAUGGCUCUAAAGGGCGGGAAAAAAACCGUAACAACUACUAUUAUAUCAGAUCUAUUGAAGCCUUGUGAAGGACUAGAGCAGAUUUUCUAAAGCCUGAACCAAAGCUUUAGAGGAUGUGCAGACAUCUAGUUUCCUCCCAGAUCACUUGAUUUUCAACAUGAUGAAAGAUUUUUUGAGGAAAUAUUGCCAAAUGAUGUGAAAAUAGUCCUGCCAACAAAGCGUCUGGGGGUGGAAGCUACAGAAAGCAGAAAUAUGGCUGGAGAAGGCAAAAGAAAACAUUUUAUUUGGCAUCAUGUGGGAUUUUAACCCCAUUUUCCUCUGUGAACGCCUUCCAUCUAUCUCACUGCAGCACCACAUCCUACUGUUGCUGCAGGACUUGUUGUUAUUUACACAUUCUCCCUGCUCUGAUUGGUCUUCUCAAGCCUGAAACUUAAAUGUUAACAUACUAGAAGGCUUUUAUGGAAAUUUAUCCCAAUGGCGCCCCAAAAAAGUACUGCCUACCCCGGCUUGAAAUGGUGAAAUCGCUUCCGUGGAGGUCAAGAAACUCCACAUUUACAGUUUACAGAUAAGAACAACUCAGAAGCCACCACCUUGCCAUGCAUGCACAGUCGCAUACUCGACCUGUUUUCUGAAUAUCUGAUUUUGCAUUAACUUGGAAGCUAAAGCUCGCAGACAGGUUCGACUGAUUUGGGUUCGAUCCACACUCGUGUCUGUUUACUACGUGCCAAGGAACGCAAGUGUUCACAGCGAGCCACGUUCAACUAACUCUUCUUGAUUUGGGUGGUUUACGGACAGAUGCGGCCUUUUUGCAGACGUCCCACUUUUUACUGUCCAAACUUAGAGCUUCGCGUUUUGUUCUGCCGCGUUGAACCGAACAAACAGUGAUCUGCAGUGAGAAGCGGGAUCUUUGACAUCGGCCACGUCGGCAGUGACAGCUGAACUCUUGCACUCUGUUUAAAACUAACUGUAAGUUUGUAAAAAAAAAAUAGAAUAAAGAUAAACGAGAAGAGCAUGUAUUUAUUGUACACAAAGUCAACUAGAAUGGUGAUUUUUUUUUCUUUUUUUCCAUGUAUGUACUGUGAAAUAUGAAGAUUGAUCAAAUGUAUGUAUCAAUAUUCUAAUGUGACAUAUGUUGAAUAUACUUGUAACAAUAUUUUGUAUAUAAAAUAUUUAUGAAUCAAA